AUUGAUUACAGAUCCCUGUAUUUAUCACGUUGACAUUGAGAGACAUUGGGAUAUUUUUCCAUACUUCAUUUUAGUUCUCCAUAUUUACCCAAUUAUGGAAAAAACUAAUCUGAUCAUAUAAUUUUCCACACUUUUCAAAACGCCUUGGGAUUCCUUUGUUUAUUAAGAUGUGUAUAUGACAGGAUCAAUUGAGGAAGAAAUAAACUGUUUUUAUAAUAACAGCAUGGUCUUUAUAUGGAUUGGUUUAUUUUCUUGAACAAAUUCUGAUAAAUAGUACUGUUGCACACACAAUAAAAUAAAAUACAAAUGCUUUAAUAAACUAUAUAAGCAUCUAUGGAAGCAAAUUAAAAAAAAUUAAACACAGGGGAUUUUUUAGUCUUACUAUGCUCAGUACAUGUCUUCAUUUAAAGCAUACCUUUGCUCUGACAAAAAACCCAAAUUUAUUUCUUUAAAUAUGCAUCUGUCAAGCUGCAGAUCUAAUCUUGCUGCACUCUGCAGUUGUACAGACUCCUAUGAUUAAAACAUAUAUUUAUGUUCUUAGCCUUUAGGUUAUACCAAUAAAAGGAAAUUUAAAGGGUUGUUUGCCCAUCUGAACAUUUCCAGGAAGUCGGCUCUUCUACCACUAGUUCUUAGUUCCUGUUUUCUUAAAAUUGUUUACCACCCACCACUUACACCAUUACCUGUUUGCAACCUGUGAUCCCAAGUCAUCACUGUUUGGUUAACUGGUCUUGUUUGUUGGUAUUUAGUGAUCAGAUGACUUUGUGGCUUUUUAAAAGCCUGUUUGUACACAUUGUACUUGCUCACAGUCAUUGCACUUUACAGAAAUUCUUUUCCUAUUGUGUUACUCCCAUGGGGUGUAGCUUUGUGGCCUUUAUUUAGCUUUAAGUUAAAUUUCUGAAGAGCAAUUAUCUGCAAGCAACUUGUGUAUAAUAGCAUCUGUAGUUAAAUUGUUUAGAAUUUAAUACAUUUUUAUUUAAAGUAUUUUAUAGGACAGAAAAUGAUUGAUUGAAGUGAAAUUCAGUAAGGAAAAAUGAUUUAAAACUUGCCUAGCAAAUCCAUGUUAGUUGCAUGUUGAAUAAAAGUAAAAAAAAACAUUAAAAACUCCAAGGGCUCAUAAGGCCUCACCUCUAGCCUCAUCCAGAUGUUUUCUGUUUUUGAUCUGAUGGCCAGAGAUUUUUUUUUUAGGCAGCACAGGGACGUUUAGCUCCACGUGGCAUCCAGAUGUUAGAAUCUCACCACUUUCCGUCUGAAAAAGAUGGCAGAAAAACUAACUCUUGACUUGCUUUAGUAAAUUGUUUUCCAUGCUAGUAGGGGGAUGUAGAUUACAUCAAGAAAUAUUCCGUGCACAUUGCAGAAAUGAAAUGGAGAAGUUGCAGGAUGUCUUACUCUGUAAGUAGUAACCUGAUCUAAAACUGGCAUUACUGAGUGUUUGAGUUUGACAGAAUUUGUCAGUGAGAAGGAAAACAUGACAGAUUUGUAAUUGGUAGCUUCGGAUGUGUUGUGGCCUGCCGCAGUGAACUUUGAUAUGGCUCGACAGCCAGAAGCAGCAAAAUAGCAGCUUUAAGAAAACAAAAAUCCUAGCUUCAUUUCAGCCCCUCAGAAACAGUGUUCCAGUAUUUCUGCCAAAACAACGGUUUCCACGACUCCCUGCAAGUUGGAGUCAUGGCUAGGCGACGUGGCUAACUGUGGUCGGCGGCAGGUUUGGGCCCUGCAGUCGGAGAACGUGCCAUGACGGCUGUGGAGGAUUGAGGAAGAAUCCCAGCCUUCAGCUUCUUCAGCUUCACUUCCACUCAUCUCUGUUGGACUCUUCUCUGUUGAUCUAAUUAUGUCUAAAUGACUCCGGUUAAAUUUUAAGACGUGGAUUCUCUCACAUCAGAAUCCAUCUACACCACCCAAGUUUUAUUUUAUGUGCUCCUGAUUUCCAAAAGAAACCCCCAACAGCCAUGCGAGGCAGAACCAACAUGCUGCUGGGCUGCGUGCUCCUCUGCUCCGCCUCCCUGCUCUACCUGGGCAUGAACACUAUAGACUGCCCUCGGAAAAGCCACCGCUACCACUGGAUGGAGCUCAACAUGGCCUCGGGCAAUCAGAGUCUGCCGCACUUCCCGGAAGACACACCCCUCAUCUUCAUCGGGGGUUUUCCUCGGAGCGGCACCACGCUGAUGCGCGUGAUGCUGGACGCGCACAGCGCCGUUCGGUGCGGAGAGGAGACCAGGGUGAUCCCUCGCCUCCUAGCUAUGAGGGCUACCUGGAGUCGCUCCGUCAGGGAGAGGAUACGCUUGGACGAGGCCGGCGUCACUGACCAGGUGUUGGACGCAGCGGUGCGAGCCUUUCUGUUGGAGGUGAUAGUCGGCCAUGGGGAGCCUGCAGCUCGUCUUUGCAACAAGGACCCAUUCGCGUUGAAGUCCCUGUCUUAUUUGGCGCGCAUCUUCCCCAAAGCCAAGUUUGUCCUCAUGUUGAGAGACGGACGGGCAACUGUCCACUCCAUGAUAUCUCGCAAGGUGACCAUCUCGGGGUUCGACCUGAGCAGCUACAGAGACUGUCUGACCAAGUGGAGCAGUGCAGUGGAGGCCAUGUUCAGCCAGUGCCAGGCGGUGGGGGAAACACGAUGUUUACCUGUCCGAUACGAGCAGCUGGUUCUCCACCCAGAGCAGCAAAUGAGGGACUUGCUUCAUUUCCUGGAGCUGCAGUGGGACUCCUCGGUGCUGCAUCACGAAGAGCUGAUUGGGAAGGCUGGUGGCGUUUCGCUGUCCAAGGUUGAACGCUCCACAGACCAGGUGGUGAAGCCAGUGAACACGGAGGCCCUCUCUAAGUGGGUGGGAAACAUUCCCAGCAAUGUGAUUGAUGACAUGGCUGAAAUCGCCCCGAUGCUCGCUCGCCUGGGCUACAAUCCGCACGCCAACCCUCCUGAUUACACAAAAGCAGAUCCCAUCACGUCUCCUUUUAACCACUUGCAGAGAGAGAAAACGGCAGCAGACUCUCCUCAUCCCAGUUAAAGAUGGCAGCUCUCUGCCGCCUUACAGACGCACCUGGAACACAGACUUUUAUUCCAGCUGUUAUCUCGCCUCACAUGGAGAACUGCGGCGCUGCGAUUACAUUGAAUUCUUCUCGAGACUUGUUUACAGUUUCCAAGUGUGAAGAUUGGUGGUCUACCGGAUUAAUUUGCGUUUUAAAUGUCAGCUCUUCACAGUGAACUGUUUUCCACAGAUUCUUGACACAUCCCAUCACAUUCUACCUGACAGUGUUUCAACUUUUCUCCCAAGUUCAUCGCAAUGUGAAUGCGUAUUCAGACCAAUAUCUCACUAAGCGCUCAGUCAGUGGUUGUCAAGCAUAAUGACUGUAUAUAUUUUUCAAAAUGUACUUUUAUUUUCUUAAUAAAUUAUUUUGGUUGAAUGGUCA